AUGUCUCUUGCCAUUUGUUUUGCUUUCAUUGCCCUGCAUUCUCAGAAGUCCUCAGCGCAUCAGCUCCCACACGGUCGCUGCCCUCAAAGAAUUAUUCGUCGAUCAGCAGCAUUAAUUAAUCCAACGCUGGAGGAAGCUCCAAAGAAGUUCUCACUCUGUGGUGGCGUCAUGCUCGUGUUGUCUGCAUCACCAAGUUUAGACCAACUGAUGAAACACUUUGUGGUGAGGAAGGAUAAGAAGUCAAAGGGUGGUAGUUGGUUGCUCCCCUGGACUGGCUUGUGUUGUAGGGCUGAGGGAACUGGCGUGGUAGAAUGA